UCUGCCGCCCGAGUCCAGAGUCCAGAGCUGUGGUGGCACAAGUCAUGGCUGGACAAGCUUUUAGGAAGUUUCUUCCGCUCUUUGAAAGAGUAUUGGUUGAAAGGAGUGCCGCUGAAACUGUAACCAAAGGUGGCAUUAUGCUUCCAGAAAAGUCUCAAGGAAAAGUAUUGCAGGCAACGGUCAUGGCUGUGGGAUCAGGCAGGAAAGGAAAGGGUGGAGAGAUUAAGCCUGUCAGUGUGAAAGUUGGAGAUAAAGUUCUACUCCCAGAAUAUGGAGGCACCAAAGUAGUUCUAGAUGACAAAGAUUAUUUCUUAUUUAGAGAUGGUGACAUUCUUGGAAAGUAUGUCGACUGAAAUCACUGUUGAAAUGGUGUCAC